ACUUGGCUCGUAAUUGCAUUUCAGCCACUAAGACCGAAGCAACUUUGGGAGCUGCUGAGGAAAAGCAACAGAACUGGGAAAUACAUGAAUCAGUAGAAGCUGAUGUCAGUGCAUAUCUAUUUAUUUAUUUAUUUAUUUAUUAAUUAAUCAGUCAGUCCUUUGCACUUCUGUGGUCUUUGGAAGUGUUCCGGUGUGUUAUGGUCUUUGUUUUCUGUUCAGCUUCUGCUUUUUUGAUACAAUGUGUUUGUUUUUUUCUUUCUUUCUUUUUUUUUAAUCACACAAAUUAGUUUUAUGUUUAUUUUAUUUUAACUAGCCUACAAAAAGCCAUCUAAGAAGCACUUAUACAAUAUCGUUCAUAUCCAACUUAUGGUCUAGUACACUCAUUGUCCUCAAAAUUAGCACGUGAGUAGAAUGACUCGGGCAUAUUAGAGAAUACAAUUUUCUAAUGAGUAACAUUUUUUUCCACUGUUGGCUUCCGUGACAGAUAAUAUUUUUAUAUUGAUAUUAUUCUGCACGGUGGCCUAGUGGUCCAGUUGUUACCGCGUCCACCUCGCAGUGCAGAGGUGCAUGGUUUGAUUGCGGCUCCUUCCUGUGUGGAGUUUGCAUCUUCUCCCCAGACCUGCGUGGGUUUUCUCCGGGUACUCCGGUUUCUUCCCACAUUCCAAAAACAUGCACGGCAGAUUAAUGUUACACCCGCGCUGCAAGAAGGAGAGAUACCGACGCUCGUUCCUACCGACUGCUGUCAGGCUGAUGAAUAAAAAAAUAACAAUCAUAAUAAUAAUAAUUAUUAAAUGAUGUGAAAGACAAUUGAAAAUAGCACUGGGAUUUAUCCAUUUUGUGUUUAUAUUGCACUUAAUUGAACGGUGUUUGUUGGGGUUUUUUUUUUUUCUUCUUUCUUCUUUCUACCUACAUUCUUGCUGCUGGAGGCUGUAAAUUUCCCCAUUGUGGGACAAAUAAAGGAUAUCUUAUCUUAAUGGAACACUCUAAAUCAGGGGUGCCCAUUAGGUAGAUCCUGAUCUACCGGUAGAUCUAAGACAGGUCCCAAGUAAAUCCGAGGAAUGUCGAGAAAAAUCAACAAACAACCAUUUGUGUGUCUUUGUACAUGUUAGUAAUAUAUUUUUUGUGUGCGCGCCGGUAAGUGUAGAUCCCGGGAGGUUAGUUGAUCGAAAAGUAGAUCUUCGAUCCAAAAAGUUUGGGCACCCCUGCUCUAAAUGGUCCGCAGGUGUGAGUGUGAGCGCGGAUGGUUGUUCGUCUCUGUGUGCUCUGCAAUUGGCUGGUAACCAGUUCAGAGUGUCCCCCUCCUACUGCUCGAAGACAGCUGGGAUAGGCUCCAGCACCCCCCACGACACGCAUGAAGAUAAAGCGGUUUGAAAAAUGAAUGAAUGAAUGAAUGAUUCUGCACACUGGUUGGAUAAAUUUGACUGGCAGACUAAAAGGACAACUCUAGCUUCUGUUUUUCUCCCUGCUCAGCAGCUCUGGCUGCAGGGAUUCGGAAGGCUAAAUUGACCAGCAAGACUUUCGGUUCCUAGUUAGAUAAAGUUCUCCUGGUUCGCCCAAGUUGUUGCACUCGUGCACUGAUCCUCUCGUGAGAGUCAUAUUUGCCUAUGUGGUGAGACACUGUUUGGAGGCUGAAUGACUGGCAGGUUCUUGUGUGCUGUCAAGCAGUCGUUCAAACUGAGGUUCCAAUACCAUGUUUGAUUUCAUAGUGGUGACACUGGAAGAGACCAGCGAGAUCUCUCAACGGCAACUCGUGGAACAAGAGACUCGGGAGCUCCGAGUUGAAGCCCAACCAGUGACCUUCACAAAGAAACUGCAAAGUCUAGAGGCCGACGAGGGAUCGACGGUUACUCUUCGAUGUGAGACUUCGGAGCCUUUAGUCUCAGUGGAAUGGAAAAAGGAAGCGCAGGUCCUGACGUCCGGAGAUAAGUACCGGAUAAAGCAGCAAGCGUCUGCGAAUGAACUGCUUAUCACCCAAGUGGUGCCUGAAGACAGUGGAGACUACAGCUGUGUGUGUGGAACACAGACAACGACGGCUUGUGUCAAGAUCAUGGCCAUGAAGCCACCAGCUUCCCUCCCUGCUGCUAAAGUGGAAACUAAAAUACCAGAAGAUAAAGAAAAAGCGGAAGGUAUUAAUGUUCACAUGGCUUUCAGCUUUACAUGCCCUGUCCAGUCUGGAAUUUAAAAAGUUGUAGCUUUUGUUUGUUUGCUUGGUUUUGAAUGAUUGCCAUUUCUUUGCAUUUGCUGUCUUCAGUAAUCAUUUGUAUGGAUGAAAUGCAGUUUACAGGAUAUAAGCUUGAAAUUACAGUCAUUUAUUUUUGCAACUCUGAAUGCUGAGAAAUACUGUCAAUG